AUGACCAGUGCUCCCCGUGUCCCUGGGCACUCGGCGUCCCCAGUGUUCCCAGUGUUCCCAGUGUCCCCGGUGCCUCCAGUGUCUCUGGGGUCUUCAAGAAUCCCGGUGCCUCCAGUGUUCCCAGUGUUCCCAGUGUCCCCGGGGUCUUCAAGAAGCCCGGCGCCUCCAUCCUCCCCGGUUCUCCCGGUGUCUCCGGUUCUCCCGGUGCUUCCAGCCUCCCCAGUUCCCCCAGUUCCCCCAGUGUCUCCGGUUCUCCCGGUGCCUCCAGCCUCCCCAGUUCCCCCAGUGCCUCCAGCCUCCCCGGCGCCUCCAUCCUCCCCGGUUCUCCCGGUGCCUCCAGGGUCCUCGGUUCUCCCGGUGGUGUCUCCGGUUCCCCCGGUGCCUCCAUCCUCCCCGGUUCCCCCGGUUCCUCUCUCACCCCGGUGUCUCCCGGUGCCUCCGUUGUCCCCGUUGCUCCUCCAUCCCCCUCCGUCCCCGUUGGAAGCUCCAUCUCCAGCGCCGCCGCCGCCGUUCUCCGGGGCGUUCCCGUUUCUUCCUCCUCCUCCUCCUCCUCCUCCUCCGCCGCUGUCCCCGGUGCCGCCGUUAAAAAACCCGGUGGCGGCGACACCGCUGUCCCCGGUACCACCGCUGUCCCCGGUGCCUCGAUGGGGCUGCGACGGGAGGAUGAUGAAGUGUCCCCAGUGCGUCCAGUACGACCGAUGGUUCUUGUGA